AUGUCUUCGCUCUCUUAUUUCGUUAUUUUUCUUUUUACUCUUCAAAGUGUUCACACACUGCAAUGCUAUCUGAGUACUAUUGAUGGAAGUGGUACAGUAAUAACAAUAGACUCAAAUAAUCAGACAAAUUUAUGCAAUGUCACCACAGGCUGUGUUUGCGCAAGUUUUCAAAGCUAUUGUCCAGACGCAACGUUUUGCACCAGCAGUGAUUUUCAAAACAACGUUACGAAAUGGUUCUAUGCUCUUACAGAUCCAAUAAGCUGCUCAGACAAGAACCAAACAAAUGGUGCCUGGAACAUAACCUGUUGUAGUACAGAUCUGUGCAAUAAUCAAGGGAUUAGCGGUGCGGCCAUCAACACAACUACUAUUGCAAACGCUGCUACCACGAACACUAUCACGAACGCUGCUGGUGCUACUACAACUACUACCACCACCACCACGAGCAAUGGUGGUACUACGACUACAGUUGCUACGAGCACAACUAAUUCGACGACUACCACUCCUGCCGUUAAUACUACUAUUAGUAUAAGCGUAUCAACAAACUCAUCUUCACCGAUGAUUUUGCCAUCAUUCACCGCAUCAGCAGCUCUAUUGGCAUUGUGCUUUGCGAAGAUACUAGUCUAA